AGAAAAAGAAAGCAGAAAAUAAAAAUAGCGCCAUAGAGAAACAUAAAAGGCGAUCCCGCUCCGCUAUGCCUUCGUCACGUGAAAAAGCUGCCUUGAUUCAUUUUAGUACGGUGCAUUCUACCUUUCGCAGUCGAUACCGGAGACGGGUGAGGGAGAAGUGACGGACUUCCGAAAGCCUGACCAAGUCCGGGAAUGCAAGGACGUCUUUUCGCUCAUGGUCUUCUCCGUUUUCGCCGUGUACAUGGUCUGCGUCGCAAUAGCCGCUGCUUCUCGCCGGGACUAUGUGGGCCUGCUGCAUUAUGCGGACAGCUUUGGCAACCUCUGUGGCCUGGACAACCAGAACCGGAAACUCAUCGGCGUGCCACUAUCCGGUCAGGAUAUGCGUGAAAGAAAGCUACUUGAGAAAUCCGACUCGGUGUGGAUAUGCGUGGAAAAGUGUGAAAAGGAAGGUGUUGGACUACUGCCUUACGUUUGCCCGGCGCAAGCAGCUGAAGUGCGCCAACUCGUACUCAGAGAAAAAGACGCGAAGGUGAGCGAAGUGUCUAUGCAACAGUUUUGA